GAGCGUUGCUAAGCGCUCUCUCCAGCCGUGGCGGCUUUGAGCGGGUGGGCUCCGCGUCGGCGAUCAGGUUGGGGCAGCCGCAGCCUCUUUCGGCCUGAGGGAGCGGCGUCCGGCAGGAGUCUCAGGAAUGGAACUUGAGGCGGAACGAGAGAAAAUCAGGCAGGAGAUUGAAGAACUGGAGAGGAGUUUGGGCCCAGUCAUUCCGUCAGAUGGAAUUGGAGAGCUAGACUCUAGCUUGGAAUCUGGCUCGGAAGAGGAAGAUGACCUGGAAGAGGAUGAAUCUGAUACUCAACUUGACAUGGAGGUGGACCAAGAUGGGGAGAAACAGGACGGUGAGGAAGAGGAAGUCAACCUACCCCAAACCCCAGAAACCUGCCUCCAGAUGAACCUGGUUUAUCAGGAAGUGAUUCAGGAGAAGAUUGAGGAGAUCAACAGCCUCCUUGCCCAAAAUAAAAAGCAGCAGGAAAAACUCACCUGGGAGCUCGCCGGAACGAAAGGGAUAAAAUCGAGCGACGGGAAAUCCUUGCCAGCAAAUAUGUUCUUGGGCCAUUUUAUGAAGCCGUAUUUCAAGGACAAAACGUCGGGGUUUGGCCCUCCUGCCAACGACGACGCUCGAGAAAAGGCACGUCAAGGCAUCAAGUCUUUCGAGGAGCUGAUCACUGUCAAAUGGAAGAGCCGGGAGAAACUGCUCCUACAACAAGCCGUCGUGAGCGACCGCUUACAGCAUCUGCUGCAGCCAAAGAUGCUCAAGGUGGAUUAUCUGAAUGAAAAACGGGAGAAAUCCAAGGAUGAGGUGGAAAAGCAGAUCUUGGGGAAGCAAAUCCAGGAAACGGAACGUGAAAUAAGUGAAAUCAACAUGUUGCCAGAAGAAACACUACUGGGAAACAGACACGAUGAACACGACUGGGACAAGAUUGCCAACAUCAACUUUGAAGGAACACGCAACGCAAAUGAGCUGAGGAAAUACUGGCAAAAUUAUGAGCAUCCUAACAUCAACAAGAAGGAGUGGAGCGAGGAGGAGAUUGAGAAAUUGAAGGAAAUUGCUGUCCAGCAUGGCGGUCUGCACUGGGAAGCCAUCGCCCAAGAGCUGGGGACGCAGCGCACAGCCUUUCAGUGCCUCCAGAAGUUCCAGUCCCACAACAAAGAUUUCAAACGGAGCGAAUGGAGCCCCGAAGAAGACCAGAUGCUUAGGCAGCUCGUGCAGGAAAUGCGCAUUGGGAAUCACAUUCCCUACCGGAAAAUGGCGUACUACAUGGAGGGGAGGGACUCUGCCCAGCUGAUCUACCGAUGGACCAAGCGAGUGGACCCCAACUUAAAGCGAGGCGCCUGGACACCCAAAGAGGAUGCUUUGCUCCUGAAGGCCGUGGCCAAGUACGGAGAGCGAGACUGGUAUAAGAUCCGGGCGGAGGUGCCCGGCAGGAACGACCUGCAGUGCCGAGACAGGUACUUGCACUCCUUACACUACGACAUAAAGAAGGGGAAAUGGAGCCAAGAGGAGGAGAAGAAACUCAUUGAGCUGACCGAAAAAUACGGCAGGGGCCACUGGGCAAAAAUAGCCUCGGAGUUGCCCCACCGCUCGGGAUCUCAGUGUCUAAGCAAGUGGAAAAUCCUGCUGGGGUAUCGAAGGUACAGGAGGAAGAAAGAAGGAAACAGGCGGCAUCCGAGGCGCAGACGUGUCCACCGAUGGAGCUCCAGCCCCUCGGAGUCCAGCAGUGAAUAUUCAGACCUGGAUUUGGAUGCCGAGGAGGAGGAGGACGAGAGGCCCAAGGCCCAUCAGCCCAAGGGGGCGGGUCGCUGGAGGGUUCCCAGCCUGGAUCUCUGGGUCCCUGCCAGGAAAGAGCCUUUGGAGGCCAACCCUGGAGGGCUGCCCGCUGUCACUCUGCUUUCCAAAGGUUUUGAUGUCAACAGGAAGCGGCGGAUGGACUCUGGGCCUCUGCUGGGUCCGGAAGAAGACCAGAGGACAGACGAUCUCGUCGACCUCGUCCCAGAGACUCCAGAAUUGGCUCAAAUGAAAGGGAAUGAGAAUUCUGGAAAGCCGAGGGAGGCAUGGAAGGUUUCCUUGGCUUAUGUGAAAAGUGUCCUGAGGAGGAACAGCUAUGAGCAGCAGAGGAGAAAUAGGGAAAUCAGAAGAAAGAAACGCUUUGCCUCCAGCUCCUCUGCUGGCCCCAGAGGCUCCCAGUUGACCCUGCUGGCCGGUGUGACGAAUGGAGCCAGGCGGCAGAGGGACGGGAUAGGGAAGACGACCCUCAACCGGAGAUUGAUGCUGGCAGUCACGCCCUGGGCUGGGAACAUGGUGCAGGAGUGGGCCCUCCGGAUGAAGGAGGCGGCUUCCCGCAAGUCAAAAGCGGACAUGAUCUUCAGGCAGCUGCAGACGAGCCAGCUCACCAGCACACCUUUGUUCACGUUCCUGAUUCAGCUCCUCCAUAUUGACGUGGACGGCUGCAUGAAGGUGAUUCAGAGGAGGAAAUCCCGGCAGCCGGAGCUGCUGAAGGCCAUCGCUCUGCCUGGGGGCAACAGCAAGCAGCCCUCGUCUUCACAGGAUGCCAAAGCUCAGCUCGGCCAGCCAGCAGCCAGCGGCCAGCCCAACAAGAAGCUGAUUCCUCUGAAGGCUAAAGAGGGGCCUGUCCCCGCCAACACCUGGAAGGCCCGCUCACCGCCCGGUCUGGCCCCCAAGCCAAAAACCGUCUCGGAGCUGCUGCGGGAGAAGAGGCUGCGCGAGCAGUCGGCCAGGAAGGGCUCCCAGAAGAGGAUCUUCCUCGCCCCUCAGCUGCUCCUCUCGGCCUCUGUCGUGGUCCCACAGACAAGGGGUCCCAUGGCCCCCCUGGCCAACUGCCCUAACGCUCCUGCGGCCAGCCAGGUGUCCCCAAGGCCUCCUCCUGCUUCGGCUUCCGUGCCUGGAAGAGACUCGGCCUCUCCCACAGACCUGGCGGGGGCCUCUCGGGAGAGGAGCCUUCCCUGCAAUGGGGACAAGGACGAGGCCGCUGGAGGGGAAGGCAGAGACAGCAACCAAGAGAGCUUUUCACCUCAGGGGGAUCCUGCUGGGCCUCCUGCUAAGGUGAACCCCAUCCUGGCAGAGGCCCUUUGCCCCUCUCCGGCCUCUGGUGCUUUCCCUCCCCUCCUGCCUACAUUGGUAGCUGCCCACGCGCAGCCCACGGCCGUGGCCCAGCCCGCCCUGCCCAUCAGCUGGGUGCUGACCCCUCAGGGCCUUCUCCCGGUCACCUUGCUGACCCUCCCCAGCCAAGGAAAGCCGCUGGCCAGUGGCCCUCCGACAAAUCCCAGCCAGCCUGCAGAGACUUCAGUCCAGAUCCCCACCCCAACUAUGGGGGAUCCGGUGGUAGAGGGAUCCCCAAUGCCAGCGGGCCAUCCUGGCUGCCCCCAGAGUGAUGCAGGCCCCCGGCUGGCAGAUGUUCCCCCUCCUCCUCCUCCGCCGCCGCCACUACUUGGAAACUCCACAGAAGUGGGGUGCCCUCCGUCCCCUGCUGGUGCGGGGGCGCCUGCCUUGCCUUGCACUGUCUUUGGAGGGACGGCGGCCAGCGCCCCCAAUUCAGAGGCUUCUCCCCCACCCCAUCCGAAUCAAGGCCCAGCCACGCAAGAGGUCCCCUCCAACCCGGCCCUGGAGGCCUGCCCCACGCCACGUCCACCCCAGGAGGGCACCGCUUCCCCGCUUUCUCGUCUCCUUUCCCUCGAAGCUGAGCCGGCAGUGAAGGCGUGGGCCAAGGAGAACCGGGAGGGUAGGGCUCCUGUGCUGGGAAGGGGCCUGCCUUAUCUGCCCCCGUUUCUGUGCAGCUUGAAAACCCUCUCGGCGCUGCUGCUGAACAAACGGUCCCUGGAGCAGAGCGCUGCCUCUCUUCUGGACCCCGAAGGGCAGCGGGAGGAGCCCAGCCAGCCGGACCUGGAGGCCUUGAGGCAGGCGGUGCGCCAGAAGCUCCAGGACAACCCUGCCUAUCAGCUCCUGAGAGAACGGUUCUUGGCGGCCUUUAGUUUCCCAGCUGCUCUGGCCGCGCUGCCCCCUCCCAGGGUGGUCACGACCCUCUCGGGGGGCAGGUGGUGGGAGGGCAGCCAGGGAGAAGAUUCCAGCUCGGCUUUGGAAGAGGAGGAGGAGGAGGAAGGAGAAGAGGAGGAAGAAGAAGAGGGGCAGGAAGGAGAAGAGGAGGAGGCUGAGAGAGAACCCCAAGGAGCAACCAGAGAUGGCCCUGCUGAAACAAUGGAGGCCAGCGAGGAACUGGAGGAGCCUGGAACCUAUGUCGACUCAGGCCACAGCAGCCCAGGCAGGAUCCGGAGAAGCCGGCGCCUCCAGAAAAGGGGGAUCCAUCAGUGACGGCAGCAGCCCCUUUGGUUCCAUUCGUCUCUUUAUUCCUAAACCCCAGUGUGUGUUUCUGGGGCCCUUGGCCUGGAAAUGUAACCCCCAAACCCAGGAAGGGGU